CUCGCUCGCCGCCAGGGGGUCCAUGGCACUAUUGCCGCCGCUGGACCAAUGGCGGUCGGGUGCAGCCACACGACAAUGUGUCGCCCAAGGCUGGACACCCCCAGGACGGUGUGCUUGCUGUCUCGUUGCUGCGCGUGCCAGAUAACGAGCCCCACGAGUCUGCCUGCGCCAUAGCCAGGGCUGAUCAGCGUGGAGCCCGGCUGCUCAUGCAGCGAAGGCCGUGUAUAUAUAUGUAUCAAUGAGUGGUAGCCCCUUAGUGCGCCGAGAGAGCCCUCGAAAGUCUCGGGACCUCGUUCGUUAUCCCUCUGCUACCCGCCCGCGCAUCACUCGCGCCAACGCGUCCAGCCCAUCGUCUGCCCACCAGGCGAGAGCAACACCCGCUGGCCCGCCAUGCGCCACCUUCACCUACUGGCGCUGGCCCUCCCCGCCCUCGUCUCCGCUACGACCCUCGGCCUGUUCCCGAGGGGCUCCAUCAUCGCGAAGCGCGAGGAGGCGUGCGCCGACCUGCGCGUCAACGCCAACAAUGGCGACCGCAAGGUGGCCCUCGUCAUCGACUCGUCGGGUUCCAUGGCCUCGAACGAUCCGGGGAGGAGGCGCAUCGACGCCGGGAGGGCGCUCGCAGACUUUCUCAUCUCGAGCGGCGAGGCCGGGGGCAAGACGCCCGAUAAGCUGACCGUCAUCGACUUUGACGACUCGCCCAAGGUCAUCUUCCCCCUCGGAGACCCCUCGGGUGCGAGUGCCACACUGGGCAAGAUCGACGCGUCCGGCGGCACCAACAUCGCGAGCGGCGUCAACAAGGCCCUCGAUCUGCUUACAGCUGGCGACACUGGAGCGACGGAUAAGCGAAGCGCCAUCGUGGUCUUCACCGACGGCUCGGACGGCAGCCAGACGGCGCUCGUCAACGCCAUCAGGAACGCGACCAAGGCCGGGAUCCGAGUCUCGUUCGGCUUCCUCGACCUGGCGGCCGGGCAGCAGUCCAAGGAGAUCCUCAAAGCGGUCCGGGAGUCGAGGGGCGUCUACGCCACCAUCACGGCCGCCGCCGGCAGCAUCAACUUCAUCAACUACGUGCUCCUCAACGGCCUGACGUACCAGGACAACCCCCAGGGCUACGACUCGCAGCUGCUCGCCGGCCUCUCGCAGACCUACCCCAUCGGCGGCGACGCCGUCACGCUAAAGUACCAGGCUGUCGCGGGUGAAGUCCUUUCCUUCCGGGUGGUCAGCAUCGGGGCGGGCACCCUCACGUCCGUCGCGCAGAUGGGAGGGUCCACCUUCAGCCAGACCGGCUCCUCCUCCUCCGCCUCCGUCGUCAAUGUCACGGCCCCCAACUCGGGCCAGAUCGAGCUCCAGGUCUCGCCCAGAUCUGGCGGCUCCCCGCAGGACGCCUUGUUCUCCGUCACCACGAACUCGAACGUGCCUCUAAAGAACUGCACGGUCGGCGUGGGCCCUACCGACGAAGGUGGCCUCAGCGUGGGUGCCAAGGCGGGCAUCGGAAUCGGUGUCACAGUCGCUGUGCUGGGACUUCUUGGAGGUGGUGGUUACUUUGCGUUCAAGCAUUUUCACGUUGGCGGUGCAGAGGGAGGAAUCGGCGCUGCGCCUCCCGGCGACGGCGGCGUCUCGUCCAACGUGGCAGCCAACGGGGGCAAUACCACAAACAUGGCUCCAGGAUUCGAGAAGGCGGUACCAGCUUCGGACGUUAUGCCUGUGCCCCCAGACGGUGGGAACGGCCUGGCUCCGUCAGCAGCCGGGCAGGGCGGCUUCGGUCCAAACGCGGGCGGCUUUGGCGGGGACGGCGGCCUGGGUCCCGCGGCGGGACAGAACCCGUUGAACAUCCCGCCGGGCAUGUCACCGCCGCCGCCGGGAGGGCCGCCCGGCGUCUUCGUCCCCGUUUUCAUCCCGCCGGUGAUGCCGCCAGGUUCUCCGCCGCCUAGGGACUCUGCGGACCACAGCAGGACCGUUUCGCCGCCGCUGCACUCGCCUUCCAACUCGCCCCCGCCGCCGGGCUUCGGUCCCGCGCAGUGGCAGCCCCAGGGCGGUCCUCCGUUCGGCGACUUUCAGCAAAACAUCAUGCAGGGGCCUGGGAAUCUGCAGCAGACGCUGGGCAACAGCACACCCUCGGAACUCGGAGGCGGCCAGGCCGGGCCUUCUGGCCACGGCGGCAUGAAUCUGAUGGGCACCGAAGGCGGCGGCUUCUCCCAGCCCCCGGGCGUGAUGCCGAAUCACACAGGCAGCACGUUUGCGCCGGGCUCUGGCGAUAUCGGCUCGUUUCCAUCCUCACACGGCGACCUAGGCCCGGGACCCUACGGCACCCCGUAUCCCGGUCCGCCAGGGAUGAUACCUCCUGCCGGGGGGCCAUUUGUCCCGACCCAGCCUCACGUCUACGUUCCCAGCUCGUCCCUUGGCAUGCCGGGCCAACAAGGCCAGAGGGACAGGCAUCACCACCACCACUGGCUGCCGCAGUAUGCGCCGUGCGGUGACCGAGACUGCAUUUUGCACUCGAGCUCCCACGUUUGCCAUCAAGGCUGCCAGUGUACCUGCCAGGACCCCAACUGUCCCCUCAAUCGAUGAUGAGCGUCAGUCAGAUAGAAUAUGUGGGCUUGACGGUUGCCCGGCUAUACCUGUAUCUUAAUGCAUGCUUCUGUCCUCUCAUCUUUGGAAUCGUUUGUUUGAUUCCCCCCAUGUCUGCUGGGAAGCCCGUAUGGUUUCAAGCCGCCCUGUUUCCUGCUAGCGUGGGAUUUGGAUCCUUGUCCCAAAAUGUGAACCUUAUACCCCUGA